AUGAAGGCUACAAUAUCUGUUGUGAUUUUGUCGUGCUUCGUUUGGUGUGAAGAUAAUUAUGAUAAAAGUAUGAAAGAUGGAAUUGAGUAUUGGAAACCUGAUUACAAGGUUGAAGAAAAUAAUGCGGUAACUGACUUAAAUGUACGUGAUAAACCUAUUUUCCGUCAACAUAAUGCUAAACCAAAGCGAAUGAAAGGUGAAAAAACGUCAAAGUGGCCCAAAUUGUCCCAAAGUCAUAAACAAAAAGUAAAGACAUCAUUAUCACACAAAGAAAAAUUGGAAGAAGAAGAUCAUAUGGUCGAAGUGCUGAGUCCUUACAACCAACAACUUCAAAAAAUAGUCAAGACACUUCCUAAUGCACGUGUGACGGUCGAUGUUAUUGGUCGUACUGUUGAAUAUAACGAUAUUGUCCUUCUAAAGAUAACAGAAGACAAUACUACAUCCGAUAAAUAUUUUCGAGCUAAUGAUGGCAAAUACGCUGAUGAUUUACCAGAUAAAAAAAUUAUAUUUAUAGUUCACGGGCUUAGCGUUAUGGGUUAUUACUCUCUUGGCUGCCUUUUUUAUGGACCUCACUUUACUAAACUCCUGAGUUAUUAUAUUGCACACUUAGACAAAUUCGACAUAUUCCUGAUACCAAUGGCUAAUCCAGAUGGCAUUGCAGCUAUUAGGGUUCAUCGUAAUUUCGAUGUAGCAUGGAGUACUAAUAACAGUGUCAAUUCUUGUCACCAAAAUUACCCAGGUCCGGUGCCCUUCUCUGAAGCAGAAACAAGGGCAGUGCGUGAUAUAUUUCAUAAGCACAGUCACAAAAUCGUUGCAUAUUUAAAUGUGCACGCUGGGACUUUUUUUUCUACUACUUUUAAGGGUGAUGCUGUUCUUUACCCAAAAGGCUAUUCAGAUUCUACAUCAGAUGAUGAUAAAUACAUUGAUUUGAGGGGCGAAAUUGAAGAGGUCAUGAGAAACGCUAGUUUUCAAGUGUUAUCUGUAACUGUUGAUACAUUAUACAGCUGGUAUGGAAAGGUUACAGGGACAAGUGUAGAUUACGCUUCUACGAUUUAUGGUAUACCAUUUGCCCUUGAGCUAGUGAUGCAAAUAUAUGAGGAUUCAUCAACAGAAUUUAAAAAUGAGGCCGGCGAAAACACUAAUUACGAAGAAAGUGCAUUAGAUGAAAUAUGGGGAAGAGUCAUUUAUGUUACUUUUAAUUAUAUUUGGAAAACUAUAAAUGGAAACGAAGUUCAAUAACAUUUAAUUUUUAUGAAGUAAUUUUAGUAUUCGAAUUUGUCAUUUUACAUUUUUGAUUAAAUUUAUUAUAAUAUAAAAAAGUGCUAACAGAA